GAGAGUUUGGUGAGCUGCACCAGAAAAGAAAAUAAAGACUUUCAAAUUAGAGGGUUUAACUCAAAUACAUAUCUUAAUUUUUGUUAUUUUCUUUCAUUGUUAAUGUCAAAUAAUACAGGUGAUGAUGGAAGUUUCUCUUCUGUUGUUGGAAAAGAAGUCGAAGAACAACGACUGAAUCACCACUUGAACUCCAUAGCUAAUUCAACUGCAACUCAGAAAAGGAAGAGGAAAUUACCUGGAAACUCAGCAGACCCUAGUGCAGAAGUUAUUGCAUUAUCACCACACACACUUAUGGCUAAAAACAGCUUCCUAUGUGAAAUUUGCAACAAAGGUUUCCAAAGAGACCAAAAUCUGCAGUUACAUCUAAGAGGGCAUAAUCUACCAUCGAAGCUUAAGCAAAGAACAAGCGAUGAAACCAAGAAAAGGGUUUAUGUGUGUCCAGAGUCUUCAUGUGUUCAUCAUAAUCCGAAACGAGCAUUCGGCGAUCUUAUAGGAAUCAAGAAACAUUUUAGUCCAAAACAUGGUGAAAAGAAAUGGAAAUGUGAAAAAUGCUUAAAGAAAUUCGCUGUGCAAUCUGAUUGGAACGCUCAUUUCGUGACUUGUGGUACCAAGGAGUAUAAAUGUGAUUGUGGCAUCAUCUUCUCCAGGAGGGAUAGCUUCAUUACUCAUAGAGCUUUUUGUGAAGAAGAUAUCAAAGCAAGCCGGCCGCCAAUUAUACCCAAUCUCAUAUCCAUGCCUAUUAUAAACAACACCACCCAUGAACAUCAAACUUCUUUAGCAUCCAUUUUCAAUCAUCUUGACAUUGAAACACCGUCAGAAACCAUGUUUUCCGGCAACACUUCAGCUAGCCUUCUUGGUGGUGCAAUAAUGUCAAAUUCUUCUUCUUUUCCUCCCCUUCAGAUAAAUGCAAAUUCAUUAGCUAGCCCGGCUUUAAUGUCAGUUCAAAAAGCAGCUCAAAUUGCUGCAUCUGCGAAUUUGACAAGCUUCUCUGUUACUGGCGUCACACUUUCAACAUUGUCUGCAAUUCAGACACAAAAUGAUCAUCACCAGAUAACAUUGGUGGCGGAUUCAGAAAUGUUUCAUGGUGUGCAAAAACAUAAUAUGGACCGCUCAUGCCAGAAACAAGGAAAAGGAAGGUGAAGAUCGAGUCAUUGCUUUGACCAUAUUUGAGAAGUCUAUGUGGAAUGUUUGAGUAAUGUAUAUAGGAUAAUCUUUAUUUAUCCCAUCAAUUUAUCUUCGAAAUACUAUUAUCCUCGUGAUUUUAAAAAAAGCCGAUUGUUUUUUCUU